AUGUGGGAGUCCAAAUACUCCCUCGCUCGCCACUUCCUAACCAAAGUGACCGUGCUCAUCUCCUCUCUCGACGACAUCUACGACGUCAAAGCCACCAUCGACCAGCUCGAGCUCUUCACCGCCACCAUCACCAGGUGGGGGAAGGCCGCUGGUGAUGAUGAUCUGCCGGAGUACAUGGGUCAUUGGAUGGAAGCAAUGACCGGCGUGAUUGAUGGUAUCGACGACAUCGUUUCGAAGGAGGGAAGGGGUUACUGCGUGGAGUAUCUAAAACUGGCGUUGAAGAAUCAAGCCAAGGCGUAUCUGAGUGAAGCCAGAUGGUUGGCGCGGAAGGUGGUGCCGAGCGUGGAGGAAUACAGAGAGGUCUUCGAGUGGCUGCUUGCUGAUCCCGCCAUUCUCGUCGCUUCCUCCGAUAUGUGUCGUCUCACGGACGAUGUUGUGUCCCAUGAGUUUGAGCAAGAGAGGAAGCAUGCUGCAUCGUCGGUUGAGUUUGGCUACACACACUCCACCAAAGACACCAAGGACGUCAUCACCUCUUUGCUCGUUACUCCAAUGACCAUUUGA